AUGUCGCUUUCAGACAUUUCAGAUCUCACCGAACUUUCAUCAUCAGAAGACGCACCGACCGCAAGACCGACGCCCAAGUCCAGGAAGCAGUCAAAGGAAUACAAAAUCAAAAACGUUUUGCGGGCGCCUCGGACCACGCAGUACACCACUAAGUCAUUAUACGGCAUGUAUUCUGUGCGGCAUGCCCCUCCUCAGCGCUCAUCAAUCUUUCAUGUAGACCAGAUCAUCGACAAUGCCAUAGAUCUGGACCCUGAGUACCAACGAGGCAAUUAUCUGCAUCCACCUCAUGUUGUGUGGUCCGACGAGAAGCAGUCCGGUCUUGUUGACUCUAUCUUGCGUAACUACUAUAUGCCCCCCAUCAUCUUUGCCGUCUCCUUUCAAGACGAUGGCAGCGAACGCCGCACUUGCAUAGACGGGAAGCAACGCCUAACUUCGAUACAGAAGUUUACAAACGAAAAGCUAUGGUAUAAGUCAAGCGCGCAGAAUCCUAGGAGGAAACUUCUUCCUCAACAACUCAGAACGCUGUUCGCCAACAAGCAAGUUGUUUGUGUGGAGUACAGCGAUCUCACAGAUAAUCAAGAACGUGAAAUUUUCCAACGUGUGCAACUGGGUGUGGCAUUAACACCAGCAGAACGUUUGCAAGCGAUCGUCGGUCCAUGGCCAUCUCUCAUCCGGGAUAUUCAGUCACACAUUUUGGGUGAGGACGGUCUCGAGGGGUACCUCAACUGGGGACACGCUCGUGGGCGUGAUUUUCAAUGUCUCGCUACAAUUGGGUAUCUAAUCGAGAACAGCUCAAAACCGGGCAUACCCACUUCAAAGGUGCUUGAAAAGUGGCUCCACCAGACAGAUCCCGUAAGACCGACCCUUGUAGCAGAUCUCCAGGAGACCUUCCGUAUCUUUGUCAUGCUCGCGCGGGACAAACAGUAUAGCAGUUCUUUGAACUCUCCUGCGCGCGUGUCCCCGAUCGAGUUCGUGAUGAUCGGUAUACUGAUCUAUAAGAAGAGGGCGUCCCUUUCUCUCACUCAGCUAACAUCUGCGAUCGAGAAGAUGCGUAAGGACGUGCGCGCCUCGGAGAAGGAUAUUCGAGCCAAUAGCCGAGUAACGAAACUCAUGAUGGACUUCAUAAAUAAACGACUCAAGGUAUCCGAGCUUAAGAAGGACGGAGAGGGAGACCGUCCUGCAUCAAUCAUUGCGAGAUCUGUCAAGCCUUCGGCGAAACGCAAGCGGCCUGCUGAGAGCAGCGACGAAGAGUCGGAGGCUGAAUCACCACCACCUCGCAAGGUCACAACCGGCGUCUCAGCAAAAGCAGGUUAG